GCGCUUCUCAUCGCAAGCCACAACGAGCGAAGCCGCUUUUCCGCCAGCGUCACGCGCAUUGUGUCUGCGAUCCCAAGAGGUCUGUUAUGCUCGACCUCAGUUGCAACUCCAGGCCCUAACCAGCCUUUCUCUUCUUCUGUUCUCGCUCUCUUUUUCCUUUCUUUCUGGCAGACAUGUCCUGGAAUCAGUAUCCACCACCUCAACGUCGGUCAAGGUCACGCUCUCCCGGCAGAGCGCCCUAUCCGUCUUAUGGUGACCAAUACCGCGACUGGGACAAUCAUUGGAAUCCAUAUGACCGACCGUACGACUAUAGACGCGGUCGAAGCAGAAGCCCUUCAGAACUUGGACGCAAAAGGCAGCGCUCAACCUCUCCAUACGACCGUGACAACCGCUAUGACCCACGUCCACGAUACGACGACUAUGAUGGGCGCUACGGCUCCCCUCCUCGUCGCGGAAUGGCCUCGUCUUCCUCUCGGCGCGGUCCACCAGAUCCACACAAAUUCGAUUACCCCGCGUCAUUGAAGCAGUUUGCUGAUUGGUUCAGAUUCUACUUUCCUCAAGAGUCGGCCGACGAAGAUAAUGCCGACAAGGUUGCCGAACAGGAAGCAGGCGACGGUUCCAAACCUCGCAAUGGUAUCAAAACACGCUGGGAGAAAUAUAAGAAGGACUUUGCCGAAAAACAGCUUCAGACUAUGUUUGAGCACCACAAAAGGUCGCCCUGGUUUAAUGAAAAGUAUAAUCCCUCCGAAGAGCACCAGAGCCUACGCAAGCGCGUGAGGAAGGAAGGCUGGGAUGGCCGUCUCCAAACGUUUUUGUUCGAACUGGAAGAGGGCAAAUUCGAUCCUGACUCGACCGAGUUAGUUUCCGAAUCGAAGGAGAACGGCGCUGCUGGAGAUGAACAUGCUGAGACGGCGACCGCGAAUGGUUUGGGUACCGCUCCAUCCAUUACGGAAGACGUCAAGGCGGGUAUUGGUAUUCUGGGCGAUGACGAUGAAAUGCAAUUCAAUAUGGCUAUCGAAGAGGACCCGAUAGACCCAGACUCAAACCGGGGCGACAGCGGUAAGGGAAAGCGUGGUAUAACAUCGUCUGAUCGCGGGGAGGAGCUUGCGGUCAUGCCUGAGGCUAACCAGGUCAUGAUACGCACCAUUCCCCCAGAUAUCGGUCGUGUUAAGCUCGAGGAGGCGUGUUCGAAUAUUCCUGGUUUUAUCUACCUUGCGUUAGGAGAUCCAUUGCAGAAGCGGAAUUAUUACCGUGCAGGCUGGCUCAAAUUCCGCGAGGAUGCCGAUAUGGGUGCAGCACUCGCUGAGUUGGGAGAGAAAAAGAUCGAGGGUUUCAAGUUACAUGUAACCCAUAUGGUCAAGCCUUUCGUCAACCGCGUGCGCUAUGCACCGGAUGUUGCUAGUCGACCAGAACGAAUGGAGAAAGAUCUGGCUCAAGCAAAACAACUAGCUGCUAGACUCGAAAGUGAGGCGGCAGAGUUGAGAAAACUCAAGUUCGAGAAGAAAAACGCGUCAGACGGAGAUACUUCUAUGGAUGUAGUGUCAACAGAGGCCCAGGACGGUGAAAAUAAUCCACCACCUGAGCGUGGCUCCGAAGCAGUGGAGGCGAGGAUUGAGAAGGUCAUGCGUGAGCAGACUGUGGUUGCCGCGAGCGAUGAUAAGGCCUUUGAGCAAUACAAGACGAUGGUGUCGCUUGACCUGUACCUCGCAUAUCUUCGCGCUGCUUUCCACGCUUGCUAUUAUUGCGCUGUUGUCACUGAUCAUCUGGAGGAGCUCCAGCGGAAAUGUAUUCGUCACGAUCGCCGGCCGUUGACGAAAGCUGUCCCUCAAACCGAUGAACCAACUGUGGAGGGCGAUGAAAAGGUGAAGACCGAGGGCGCUGAAGAUGUAACCAUGGACGACAAGGAGAAGGAAAAGGAGAAGGAGACUAAGAAUAGCAAAGAUGGGAGACGAACUGACGACCGCUGGCUUGAUUGGCUCGAUAACAAAUUGAUGCUGCUACUUGAUCGCGAGAAGGUUGACCCACGUCUAUAUAGCGGAAAGGACUACGACCAAGAGCUCGCCAAGGCUGUGGAACCAUUUGUGAAGCAGGAAGAUGAGGGCAAGUUCCGCUGCAAAACAUGUCAGAAACUCUUCAAAGCAACCUCGUUUGUGGAGAAGCAUGUCGCAAAUAAACAUCCAGAACAUGUUCGAGUCCUUGACGAGUUGCCAUUCUUCAACAACUUUGCACUUGAUCCACAUCGUAUUCAACCUUUCGCCCAUCCGCCGACCAAUUCUGGAAAUGGGCAGGCCGCACCGCCACAAGCAUUUGGGGUACCACCGCCACAACAUGGCGAAUACCGACCUUAUGGGCCUCCCUUGUCUUACCCACCUCAGAGUUGGGAUGGAGGAGGUCGCGAUUCUCAUUCUUCCAAUGGUCGACGUUUAAGUGAUAGACUGGGAGGGUUCGCUGAGCUGCCUGCCAAGCCUGCUGGACUUGAUACGGCAUUAUCUAGUGGAAGUGGGAGAGAGCAUCACCGAGAGCGAAGAAAUCGAGGUAGAGACGGUGGGCCCCCACCCCCACCGCCACCUGAUGCAAAAGAAGACCCUCGCGCAGCAUCUGGAAGAAGGGUUAGCUACCACGAUAUGGAUUUGGUUGCGGAGGGCGAUGUCGAAUUAACGUACUAA